AGACAAUUAAAAAAAAAAAAAAAGUUCUUUGGACAACAAUUUAACUGUAGAACAAAAACAUUUCUCCAUGAGUAAAAAAAAUUAAAAAAAUUCUCCAAUUCAAUUCAACGAAGGUGGUAAAGUAAAACAAUGUAAGAAAAUCAAUGGGCGCGAAAAUAAAAAACCCUAUUCCCAAAAUUUUCAUUCCCCGCCAAAUCAAAUCCAAUGUACGAAAAUCUUCAUCAUUUUCAAACAACACUCUUUCCAUAAAACGAUUCUCAAUUUCAUUUCAAUUCUUCAAAAUUCUUCGAUUUUUGCGUAAAAGGAAAAUAAUUAACCCAUGGGUUCCGCUUCUCUUCUCAAUUCUUCCGAUUCAUCGCAACAAGGUGUUAAGGACAACAAUAGUAUAGAGGAACCUGUUGCUUCGAACACCCAAGAGGAAGUUAUGGCUGGUGGAAAACAAAAGAAGCGAGGUUUGUCAGAGAGCAGUGAGCAGCCUGCUCCUACUCGUAAAAUGCCAAAGCGAUCAGUGAGUGCUGCACGCAAAAAUUUGAAGGAGCAGACUUUUUCCAUAUCCGACAAAUCUUCUCUUAUUGAAACAAAGCAGGAUCAGAUUGUAGAAGAAGAAUUUCUAGCAGUCCGUAUGACUGCUGGACAGGAUGAUGGCCGUCCGAAUAGAAGACUUACGGACUUUAUCCUUCAUGAUGAAACUGGUGCAGCGCAACCACUUGAGAUGCUUGAAAUCAACGAUUUAUUCAUCACUGGACUUAUAUUGCCACUUGAAGGAAGUGUAGACAAGAAAAAAGAGGAAGGUGUUAGAUGUGAAGGAUUUGGACGAAUUGAGUCGUGGGAUAUAUCUGGCUAUGAAGAUGGCUCUCCAGUGAUAUGGAUUUCCACUGAUAUUGCUGAUUAUGAUUGCCAGAAAGCAGCUGCAAGUUAUAAAAAAUAUUACGAUCAUUUCUUUGAAAAGGCACGUGCUUGCUUAGAAGUAUACAAAAAACUAGCAAAGUCUUCUGGUGGAGACCCUGACAUAAGUCUUGACGAGUUACUUGCUGGCAUGGCACGGUCAAUGAGUGGUAGCAAGUACUUUUCUGGAACUGCGUCUUUAAAGGAGUUCAUUAUUUCUCAGGGCGAGUUUAUUUAUAAGCAGCUCAUUGGUUUAGAGUUGAAGCCAAAUGACAAGGGGUUUGAAGACAUUCCUGCUCUGAUUGCUCUUAGAGAGGAAAGCAAUAAACAAGCAAACUUUGCAAGCGCACAAGUGAUGCCAUCGAAUGCGACUUUAAGGAUUGGUUCGGGAACUGCAGGUGAGGAGAAAAAGAAUCAUAUGGAUUCUGUAGAUGAAGAAGACGAGGAUGCGAAGUUAGCGCGACUAUUGCAGGAAGAAGAGGAUUGGAAAUCUCGGAAGCAGAGGAAAAACCCUAGGUCAUCCUCUUCAUCUAACAAAUUCUAUAUCAAAAUUAAUGAAGAUGAGAUCGCUAAUGAUUACCCUCUCCCUGCUUAUUACAAAACUUCUCUUCAAGAAACAGAUGAGUUUAUUGUUUUUGAUAAUGACUAUGACGUGUAUGACAUUGAAGAUCUUCCUAGAAGCAUGCUGCAUAAUUGGGCUUUAUACAACUCUGAUUCUAGAUUGAUUUCUUUGGAACUUCUUCCUAUGAAACCUUGCUCAGAGAUAGAUGUUACAAUCUUUGGAUCAGGCCUAAUGACGGCAGAUGAUGGAAGUGGGUUCAAUCUUGAUACAGAGGCAGGCCAAUCUUCCAGUGCUUCCGGAGCACAGGCCACGGAUGGAAUUCCAAUUUAUCUGAGUGCCAUAAAGGAAUGGAUGAUUGAAUUUGGAUCGUCUAUGGUUUUCAUAUCCAUCCGAACAGAUAUGGCCUGGUAUAGGCUUGGAAAACCGUCAAAGCAGUACACUCCUUGGUACGACACCGUAUUGAAAACUGCAAGGAUUGCUAUAAGCAUUAUCACUUUGUUAAAGGAGCAGAGCCGUGUAUCGAGACUUUCCUUUGCAGAUGUCAUAAAAAAAUUAUCUGAAUAUAAGCAAGACCAUAAGUCCUACAUUUCUACUGAUCAAAUGGCUGUUGAGAGAUACAUUGUUGUCCAUGGACAGAUAAUUCUGCAACUGUUUGCAGAAUUUCCAGAUGACAAGAUCAGGAAGUCUGCUUUUGUGAUCGGUCUUGCUAAAAAAAUGGAAGAACGACACCAUACCAAAUGGUUAGUGAAGAAGAAGAAAGUGAUGCCAAGGAGUGAGCCAAAUUUAAAUCCUAGGGCAGCAAUGGCUCCUGUUGUAUCCAAAAGGAAAGCUAUGCAAGCUACAACCACAAAGCUGAUCAAUAGAAUAUGGGGAGAGUAUUACUCAAACCACUUGCCGGAGGAUUUGAAAGAAGGAACUAAUAGUGAAGUAAAGGAUGAUGAUGAAGUCGAUGAACAAGAACAGGAAGAGAAUGAAGAUGCGGAUGCGGAUGAGGAGGAGACAGUACUGUUGGAGGGAACACAAAAGCCGCACUCAGUUUCCAAAGAAACUAAAGCAUUUUCUGAUGAAAGAGAAAUUAGAUGGGAAGGGGAUCCUGAAGGGAAGACCAGUUCCGGAUGCCUUCUUUAUAAGCAGGCAAUUAUUCAUGGUGAAGUUGUUUCUGUUGGAAUAUCUGUGUCAGUUGAAGUUGAUGAAUCUGAUGAACUUCCUGAUAUAUAUUACAUUGAAUAUAUGUUUGAAGCAAAGAAUGGGAGAAAAAUGUUUCAUGGUAGGAUGAUGCAGCAUGGUUGUCAGACUGUUCUUGGCAACGCUGCCAAUGAGAGAGAGGUGUUUUUGACUAAUGAGUGCAGGGAUUUGGGACUUCAGGAUGUUAAGCAGACAAAUGUUGUAAGCAUCCAAAAAAUGCCUUGGGGGCAUCAUUAUCGAAAGGAUAAUAUUGUUGCGGAUAAACUUGAUAGGGAGAGAGCAGAAGAAAGGAAAAAGAAAGGACUAUCUACUGAAUAUUACUGUAAAAGCUUGUACUGGCCUGAAAGAGGUGCUUUCUUCAGCCUUCCAUUUGAUAAGCUGGGCCUAGGGUCUGGCUUCUGUCAAUCUUGCAAGUUAGAGGAAGCUGAAAAAGAGAAACAGAUUUUCAAAGUAAAUUCAUCAAAGUCUAGUUUUGUAUUGGAGGGAACAGAAUAUUCUCUCAAUGACUAUGUUUAUGUCAGUCCUUUUGAAUUUGAGGAAAGGAUAGAGCAGGGGACUCAUAAGAGUGGGAGGAAUGUAGGGUUGAAAGCUUAUGUUGUGUGCCAAGUGCUUGAGAUCAUUGUCAAAAAGGAAACAAAACAAGCUGAAAUAAAAUCUACAGAGCUCAAAGUCAGAAGAUUCUUCCGACCAGAAGAUGUAUCAAGUGAGAAGGCAUACUGCUCUGAUGUACAAGAGGUGUAUUACAGUGAUGAAACGUAUACAAUCUCUGUACAAUCCAUAGAGGGUAGAUGCGAAGUCAGGAAAAAGAUUGAUGUCCCUGAAGGAUGUGCCCCUGGAGGAAUCUUCCAUAAUGUCUUUUUCUGCGAGCACUUGUAUGAUCCUGCCACUGGAUCCCUCAAGAAGUUGCCAGCUAAUAUUAAAGUCAAAUAUUCUAGUGGACAUACAGCUGAGGCUGCUGCUAGAAAGAAAAAGGGAAAAUGUAGAGAAGGAGAUAGCAUUUCAGAGCCUGAUCUUGAAAGAAAAACAUCAAAUGAUAAACGGUUAUCAACCUUGGACAUAUUUGCAGGAUGUGGUGGCUUAUCAGAGGGGCUGCACCAGUCAGGUGUUUCAUCAACUAAAUGGGCUAUUGAGUAUGAAGCGCCAGCUGGGAAUGCAUUUAAAGCUAACCAUCCUGAAGCAUUGGUAUUUAUUGACAAUUGUAAUGUUAUUCUUAGGGCUAUAAUGGAGAAAUGCGGGGAUAUAGAAGAUUGUAUCUCAACGACUGAGGCUGCAGAAUUGGCCUCUAAACUUGAUGAGAAGGAUUUGAGUAGCUUACCCUUGCCUGGGCAAGUUGAUUUCAUUAAUGGGGGUCCUCCAUGCCAGGGUUUCUCAGGAAUGAAUCGAUUUAACACAAGCACUUGGAGUAAAGUCCAAUGCGAGAUGAUAUUAGCAUUCUUGUCAUUUGCUGAUUAUUUCCGGCCAAGAUAUUUCUUGUUGGAGAACGUGAGGAAUUUUGUGUCUUUCAAUAAAGGACAGACGUUCCGUUUAACUUUGGCAUCACUUCUUGAGAUGGGUUAUCAGGUGAGGUUCGGUAUCCUUGAGGCUGGAGCUUUUGGUGUUUCACAGUCACGAAAAAGGGCAUUCAUAUGGGCUGCCUCUCCAGAAGAUGUGCUUCCUGAGUGGCCAGAACCAAUGCAUGUCUUUUCUGCCCCCGAAUUGAAAAUCAAAUUGUCCGAAAAUGUCCAGUAUGCUGCUGUUCGCAGUACUGCAAAUGGUGCCCCGUUACGUGCAAUAACGGUUAGAGAUACCAUUGGUGAACUCCCAGCUGUAGGCAAUGGAGCCUCUAGGACAAACAUGGAGUAUCAAAGCGAUCCUGUUUCCUGGUUUCAAAAGCAGAUUCGAGGCAAUAUGGCUGUGCUGACCGAUCACAUAUCAAAGGAAAUGAAUGAGCUGAACUUGAUUCGUUGCCAGAAAAUUCCUAAGAAACCGGGUUGUGAUUGGCGUGAUCUUCCAGAUGAAAAGAUAAAAUUGUCUAAUGGACAACUGGUUGAUUUGAUACCAUGGUGCUUGCCAAACACAGCUAAAAGGCAUAAUCAAUGGAAGGGUCUCUUUGGUAGGUUGGAUUGGCAAGGGAAUUUCCCAACUUCCAUUACUGACCCUCAACCUAUGGGGAAGGUUGGAAUGUGCUUCCAUCCAGACCAAGAUCGAAUUCUCACAGUUCGUGAAUGUGCCCGGUCUCAAGGCUUCCCAGAUUGCUAUCAGUUUUCUGGAAACAUUAUACACAAGCACAGGCAGAUUGGAAAUGCUGUUCCUCCUCCCCUUGCAUUUGCUUUAGGGUUGAAACUCAAAGAAGCAGUGGACAGAACAUAGGGCAAAAAGUAGUGGACAGGGCAUAUAGGGCAUUUGCAUUAGGGCAUGUGUAUCAUAUUAAACAUUUGAAUGACAAUAGUUGUCAUCAGCACAUUGCAAAUCGUUUUAUUUCAGUGUUCUAGAAACAACCAGGCAGCCCUUGUAUAGAGUUGUUCUCUUGGCCAUUUUUUGUAGCUUAAUCAAUUUAUUGUUUCAAUGGAUAAUGCUAUAAAACUCAUUUUCCAUCAA